UUUUUCACACCACUGUAUUUACAAUGGUAUAUUUUAUCUACUUGUCAAUGAAUGCAGUAAAUGAACUACAGUAUAUAUAUUUGUAUAAUGAGAGCCUUUCAGGAAAACUGGUCUACUUUGAAAUAUGCAUACAAAUACAAUAUUAAUAUAUUUUAAUGUAAAAUAUAUUAAUAUAUUGAAUGUAAUAUAUUAAUAUAUUAAAUAAUAUAUUAUAAAUAUAUACAUGGGCAAACUAUGGCCCGCGGACCACAUAUGACCUGUUAAGCCCACCAGACUGUUUCCAAAUUAUUUUUUAAAAACUUUUAACAUUGAAGCUGGAGCUGGCAAUAGCAUUUGCAAUACUAUUUUUUAAUUACUGUAAGUCUUGAACUAUCUAAAUGAUCUUCUAUCGAAUAUUAUCUUAAUGUUUUUUUAAGUAAGAGACUCUGCUUUCUUGUGAUAUAUGGGUCAUUACGGUAAUCACAGAGACUACGUCACAGCAGCUCCAGGAAGACGAAGCUUUGACACAAAGCACAGUGGGUGGGGGGCUGUGUACAGAGCAGCUUGAGUGACGGAGAGGGUCGGAGAAGCAAGCUUUCUAUGACAAAGCUCGGCAGAAUAGUGAUAUUCAUAUUUCAUGGGUGUUUUUACUGUUUGUUUUUGUGAUUAGAAAGUGUUGUUUAUCCCUUUUUUGCUGUGUUUUUGCUUGCAAAACAUGUCGAGGAGGUCGUCUGGGAAGUAGCCAAGGAGGGACUUUCACAUACUUUUGAUAUUCAAUGUUUUGUAGUUCAUAGAUUAUUUAUUCAUGCACAUUCUAGGUGUUUUAUUCAGUAAAAACCUGUAAAAUGCAAUUCUGUUUUGGAGGUAGUCUGUCAUUAUAAUAUUUUUAGCAUGCAGUAAUGCAAAGCAACUUGUUUAAAAUGCACCUAAAAAAGGGACUCAAGCACAUACAGCAGAUUGUAUAACACUUUUACAGCUAAAUGAGACAAAUACAGUAAUAGCAUGUGGAAUGUUACACGUGUUAAACUAUAUCAGUCUCUGAAAUGAAAUCUAAACUUUCCCUCUCUCAGGUCAUUUAGGAUUACCAAAAUUAUUUCUAUUUACUAAAUGCUGCAAUUAUGAGAGAGAGAAUAUUUCAAAGUCAAAAGUUUAUAUACAUUUCCGUGAAAACAUUGCCUUGGGUCAAGCAUUUUGGGUAUCCUUCCCAAAGCUUGCUGGAGUUCUGGCAUUUCCCUCCUCACAGAACUGGUGUAGCUGAGUCGGCUGCGAGGCGGCCAUCUUGCUUCAAAUCUGCCCACAUAUUUUCUACAGCCAGGGCGCUGAGGGGUUCAAUUUGUUGGCUGCAGGAUUGGGUCUCUGCUUUUUGCAGAUAAUGUGGUCCUGCUGGCUUCAUCGAGCUGUGACCUUUAACUCUCAUCGGAUCGGGUCGCAGGUGGGUGUGAAGCGGCUGGGAUAAGAAUCAGCACCUCCAAGUCCGAGUCCAUGGUUCUCACUCGGAAAAGGGUGGAGUGCCAUCCCGGGGCCAGGUAUGAGAUCCUACCCCAAGUGGACGAGUUUAAGUCCUGUACCUCGGGGUCUGGUUCACAAGUGAGGGAAGGGCAGGCAGAUUGGUGCAACGUCUGAAGUGAUGCAGACUCUGCAUUGGUCCGUUGUGGUGAAGAGGGAGUUGGGCCAAAAGGCAAACAUCUCAAUUUACUGGUCGAGCUACGUUCCUACCCUCACCUUUGGUCAUGAGCUUUGGGUAGUGACCGAACAGACAAGAUUGCGGGUACAAGCGGUCAAAAUGAGUUUUCGCCGUAGGUUGGCUUGGCUGUCCCUUUCAUCUGGGAGAAACUCAGAGUACAACCGCUGCUCCUCCGCAUUGAGAGGAGCCAGAUGAGGAGGCUCGGCAUCUGGUCAGGAUGCCUCCCUGGGUUACUUGUGUACCUUCUGUCAUCUAGUGGAGGAAAUUUUAUGACGUUCCUCCUGCAGCAAAACAUCCUCACAACAUGAUGCUGCCACCCCCAUACGUCACAGAUGGGAUGGUGUUGUAGGUUUGCAAGCUGCUACCUUUCAUGAUUUUGGCCAAACAGUUACACUUGAGUUUCACCAGACCACAGGGGAAGCCACCAAAAAUAAGGGUCUUUGUCCCUGUGUACAUUUGUCAACUAUGGUCUGGCUUUUUAUGUUGCCUCCUUCCUGGCUGAGUGGCCUUUUAGCCGUUGUUGGUACAGGAGUCGUUUGACUGUGGAUAGUGAUACACUCUUAACAGCUUCAGCCAUCAUCUUCACAUGAUCUUUAGCUUUGGUUCUGGGGACCAAAAUUCAUUCAUCUCUGGGAUACAGAACAUGUGAAGCAUGACUUGUGGAAGUGCACAAUUCUUUUCCUGAUAUGGUGGCUGAUUCUGUUUAGUUUUUUUCACACAAUAUCAAACAAGGAAGCAGUCCGUUUGAGGUGUGGCCUCAAAAUAGUACAUGCACAGGUGUGCCUUCAAUUAACUCAAAUGUUGUCAGUUAACCGUUCAGGAGCUUCCAAAGCCACGUCGUUAUCAUGUGGGCUUUCUUUGUGUGUGUAAACUUUUACUAUGAAGAAAGUCAUACAAAAACUAAAAUAAAAUAUUCUAAAAUAUUCUUUCUGUCUCUCAUAAUUGCAGCAUUUGGCAAAUAGAAAUAAUUUUGGUCAUCCUAACUGAUCUAAAACAGGAACAGUUUAGUCAGAUUUAAUUUCAGAUAGUGAGGAAAAAGUGUUAAUGUGUGUUUUUACACAGUGGACUGUAUGUAAACUUCUGGUUUCAACUGUGUGUGUAUAUAUGUAUGUAUAUAGCCCAGCCCCCCUGAAGUUUUUUACACUCUUUGAGUGCUGUUUGGGUGAAUUAAAUUGCAUAGAGGGACAGUAUGUACAGUAUGUGUAUGUUACAGAUCCAGGCGUAAGUCUUCAGUUUCCAGAUGACUUCAGAGAUGAGGAGUGUUUAUCCAGGUUUUGCUUCCCUUAUGACAUACAAAGGGUGAGAGAGGGAGUGGCUGUGCAGCACUUUACCUUUGUUCUCACUGACCUUGACGGAUGCCAACGCUUUGGCUUCUGUCGACUUACCAACAGAGCUCAGACGUGCCUCUGUAUGCUCAGUUACCUUCCAUGGUUUGAAGUAUUCUAUAAGCUUCUCAACAGCCUUGCUGACUACAUCACAAAGGGACAGACCACUGAGAUGAAAGUGAUGCUCACUGCCCUCUACAAGCAGUCCUUACCACUGGCGGCCGGAUCGAUCACACUGCAGAUGGUUCCAUACUUCAUUGCUCCAGACCCCCGAGGUCUUCCUUCCAUUCCUGAAAAUAGGAACUUGACAGAGCUGAUAGUGGCGGUAGACGUGGCGAACCUUCUGCAGCUCUACGCCAGCAUGCUCUUUGAGAGACGCAUUCUCAUUUUAGCUCACAAACUCAGCACUUUGACAUCAUGUGUGCAUGCACUUGGGGCUUUGUUAUACCCCAUGCACUGGCAACACAUUUUCAUCCCAGUCCUUCCACCUCACCUACUGGACUACUGUUGCGCACCUAUGCCAUACCUUAUAGGGGUCCACAGCAGUCUAUCUGAGGUGAGGAGCCGUGGAUUGGAAGAAGUAGUCAUUUUAAAUGUGGAUACAAACACAUUGGAAACCCCCUUCAACGACUUGAAGAAGAUACCUUCCGAUGUGACGUCUGGACUCAAGCUAUGUUUGAAACGUCAGGCGGUGUCUCCUGGUUGUGGGGUCUCACGGGCCUUCCUCAAGUCCCAGUCGCUGUUGUUUGGAGGAUACAGAGAUGCACUGCAGACUCAUGAGGGAGGCGAGAUCUGGUUCGAUAAAGAGUCGUUUCUAGAUCACAAGUCAUCCAGUAUGAAGCGAUUUCUGCAGAGUGCCAUUCAUUUACAGUUUUUCAAACAGUUCAUUGACGGGCGCCUGGACAUUCUGAACACAGGAAAAGUACCGGAGGACCUCUUUGAAGAGGAGGUCCUUAAGUGUCAAGCAACAGGAAAGAGUAAAUCUUAUCAAGAGUUAGUUGGUAGUUUAAAGAAAGGGGGAGGAGGGCUCAUCCUCAAUCUUAGGUCCAAAACAAAUUACAUAAAGAUAAAGGACGUCACGAGUUCUGGUUUGAAAAAAGUUUUGAAGCACAAGGCUGACAAUGAAACACGCACUCUUCAGAGAGGUGGGUGUGUGUCAUACCACUGUGCUCAAUCUGACUGCCUGCAGAAUCGCCUGCCAAUAACACAACACUUCGGAAUGUCGCGGCCUCGUCGGCCUGUGAGCAAACACGGCAUCACCCACGACAAGAGCAGCACGGUGGUCGGCGAUAAAUGGACCGGGGCGACAUCGGGACCAAUAGAGCAGCUUGAUUCAGAGCUUCAAAAGAGUGAAGAGGAGGAGGAAGAGUCACUGCUGUGUGAUCCAGAGGAGAUGGAUCUGUUAGGAGAGAUCUUUGACACGCUCAGCACCCGCAGCUUGCGUAACCACGGCCAGCUGUAUGCCACACGCAGCUUGGAUCUGUUUGGACCAGACAGUCAUGACUAUAUUACAAGGCUUGGUCCGGCCAACCCUAGCGAGGAGAGCCUCUCUCUGUCCAUAAGCGGCAGCGGAAGCCUACACAGCUGGAAUCCUGAAUCGACAGAGGAGGCGACACCUCUGACUGACGACUUUUACCGGCUCGACACAAACAAAACGGCCAAGGAGGCGUCAGUGUUUGAAAGGGAAGUACAAGAAGAGGAGCGAAGAAAAGUAGAAGAUAGACAGGAGGAAGCGAAGGCAGCCAUAAAUUGGAACCUCGGAGAAGAAAUGCAAGAUAGCUCAGACGAGGCAGAAAAGAAGGAGGAAACUCCGGAAAGGAGAGUGACUUUUGGCCAUGGUCCUCUGGAGGAAAUAGCUGCACAGGAUGAGAGCAAUGUGUUAAAAAUGACGCAACAUGUUGGAAACAAGACAGGGGAACAACAGGGUGGGAAAAAAACAGCCAGAAUGCAGGAGGAUGUAGCAGAAGAAGUCAAUCCUGAGGAGGAAAGUAAAGCGGUGGGCUUCCAGUCCCAAACAUCCUGCGACGGGUUCUUAGAGAAAAAGAGGACUGAAGGCCUGGUCGGGACAGAUGUACCAUGCAAGAACAGUGAAAAUGUUCAAUCAUGUCAGUCAUGUGACCCAAAGAGCCAAUCGGACGCUAUCAGCUACAUCCAGGAGGGAGGCCAGACGUCUGUCAAGGUGUCAGAACUUAAAAAGAGAUUUGAAGUGCAAUGGAGCAGCCACACGAGCUGACUGGAAGAGAUCAUUUGCUACUUCCCAAGAAAAACUGACAGGAACGGAAGCGUUGGUGUGCACAUCAUUCAGUAUUUAUGUACACAUUUAAUUUUUGUGCGUUUUUUUUUUUUUUUCUACAAAAAAGGUGAACAAAGUGCAUCCUAGUGUCUAUCGGUAUCCUUCAUGACUAUAUAAGGUGUAAAACAUGGUUUCUUUAUAAAUAGAGCGAACAUAACAGUGUGCAGUAAAAAAACAACAAAAAAAAAACCUUCAUUUCAAGUCAUUUGGUACACUGAGAAGUGUGAUUUUUAGAUGAGCAAAUUCAGCAGGGAGCCAAACUUCCAUAGUCUAAUAGCACCUUUGCUUUUUGGUACAGUGAAACUGGUGACAGAUUUGAUGGUCUGUCAGUGCCAUUAGUGUUGAGUGAAUAAAAAGCUGUCGGGAAAAAAAUAAAGAGUAUAGUGCGUCAGAAGAUUUGUGGUGCAAGAGUCAAGCUUGGCUGUCAGCAUUGAUCCAAAAGUUGACAAAGGCUCAAUAAUGGAGUUCAUUUGAGUGUGGCGUAAUCAUAUGAGCCGUUCUUCCUUCGGCAAAGGGAGUGGCAGGCCGGACUUUUCGGAUCGCGCGCCGACCUGUUUUCUCU